GCUCCCCCAGCGCGGCGGCGGCGGCGAUGGCGGCGCGGGGCCGGUGCCCCGAAUGCGGGUCGGCGGCGCUGGUGGAGGACGCGCACUACGCGCAGCAGCAGCUGGUCUGCGCCGCCUGCGGCUGCGUCCUCGCCGAGGGGCUCCUCACCACCACCUACACCGAGGAGGAGCAUCUGCGGGAGGUGGCCUAUUCCCAGAGCACUGGCCAAAAGGAGCAGCUGAGCCGCUGCCUGCAGCGAGGGAUCCGGCGGGUCCAGGACCUCUGCAAAGUCCUGCAGCUCCCAGCAGUGUUUGAGGAAACGGCCGUGUCCUACUUCCAGAGGGCUCUGCAGCUCCCCGCCUUCCACCUGGUCAGCCUGGAGAAGAAGGAGCUGCUGGGGGGCUGCUGCGUGUUCGUGACGUGCCGCCAGCACAACUGGCCCCUGACCAUGGGCACCAUCUGUUCCCUCCUGUACGCGAAGCAGGACCUGUUCGCCAGCGUCUACCUGAGCCUGCAGAAGGAGCUGGGGCUCUCCGUGCCCGCCCUGAGCCUGGCAGACCUGGUGACAACGCACCUGAACAGCUUCCGGCUGUUCCAGCCCGCGGCCAACGUCCCUGCGCCGUUCCUGGAGGACAAGGAGAAGCUGUUGGCCCGGACCAUGGGCAUUGUGGAGCUGGCCAGCGAGACGUGGCUGGUCACCGGCCGGCACCCCGUGCCCAUCGUCACGGCCGCAGUGUUCCUGGCGUGGCAGUCGCUGCGGCCCGGCCCGCGCCUCUCCUGCCCCUUGGCGCGGUUCUGCCGCCUGGCAGGGGUGGAUCUGCCCCCGCCAGCCCACCUCAGGCUGAAGGAGCUGCUGGAGAUCCUGCUGGGAAUGGCCUCCCAGCUCUCCUGGCUGCGCGGCUUCACCUUGGACAAGAAAACGGUGGUGAAGCACAUUGGGGACCUGCUGCAGCACCGGGUGUUCCUGCUGAAAAACGCCUUCAGCCAGCAGGACGGGGAGGAGCAGCACGACACAGCCCCGGGCCACAGCUCCCCAGGCCAGGACUCCGUGGGCCAGGGCUCCCUGGAUAAGAACUCCCCGGAUAAGGACUCCCCAGGCCAGGAUUCCCCAGGCCAGGGCUCUCCCAGCUCUCCUCCGGUGGCACAGAAAGGCUGUCCCGUGGCAGGGAAACGCCAGCGUGGGGGCACCCUGAGGCCCCUGCUCCCACCCUGCCUCAUCCACCCGAGGAAGAGACUGCGUCCGGCAGCUCCGAGCGCUCCGGACUCGGCUGCCACGGGCGAUGAGCCCAUCUCGGACACUGAGAUCGAGCAGUACCUGCGGAGCCCUGAGGAGAUCCGGGCCUUCAGGAAGGCCAAGGCCUGGCUGUGAGGGUGGCCAUGGCCCAGAGGAUGGUGCUGCCAGGGAGAGUUUUGGGACUAAAAGUGUGAAGCCCACCAGGGACAGAGUGAGUGUGCUGCAGUGACAGUCACCCAGGGAAUGAGGCCGUGGGGAGGGAGCAGGCUGGGUCCUCCUCAAUAUGCUGGACCAAAAUGGAGCUUUUUAUGGAGUGACUGCUUCAGGUCAUGUUACAUUUCUGUUAUAAAUAAAUAAAGGUGCAGGUGCCAGGUUUUCCAGGGCAGGCACGAA